UCAUUUCCCCGUAUUAAAAACAUGAAGGCAUGUUUAGUGAGUUGUGCAGUGCACGGGUACAUGCGCUAGUAUUUUUAAUAUUUUGCAAUCCAGAAGCUUUUUUCACCUGAAUAGCAUCGCAACACACACAAUCUGGGAAUGUUUACUUCGAAUUUUGGGGUUGCAGCAGCUUUGUGUGGUCACAAACCCGUAUUUCCGAAACUUAAAAGUUCAUAUUUUACAAAUGAAAGUUGUGAUGAUCACCUGCUUGGUGGCUUCAAUUUGGUGGGGAUUCCAAGUGCCAAACAAAGAAAAAGAUGCGUUUCUUCUCAGUUAAAAUUGGUGGGUAGGGGAGAUAUUAAAGCAGUAGAGGGUGAUAGCAGGUACGAUGCGAUCGUGAUAGGAUCAGGGAUUGGUGGUUUGGUGGCUGGGACUCAAUUGGCCGUGAAAGGAGCCACGGUUUUGGUACUGGAGAAGUAUGUGAUUCCUGGUGGGAGCGCUGGGUUUUACCACAGAGAUGGUUACACUUUUGAUGUUGGAUCUUCUGUCAUGUUUGGAUUCAGUGAUAAGGGAAAUCUGAAUUUGAUAACUCAGGCAUUGGGAGCUGUAGGAUGUAAAGUACAGGUGAUACCUGACCCUACAACUGUUCAUUUCCACUUACCGAAUGAACUUUCUGUCCGAAUACACAGAGAAUACACUGACUUCAUUGCAGAACUUGUUAACAAAUUUCCACAUGAGAGGGAAGGAAUUCUGAAGUUCUAUGGUGAAUGUUGGAAGGUCUUCAACGCCUUGAAUUCCUUGGAAUUGAAAUCAUUGGAGGAACCUCUUUACCUUCUUGGACAGUUUUUUAAGAAGCCCCUAGAAUGCUUGACACUGGCUUUCUAUUUGCCCCAGAAUGCUGGUGACAUUGCUCGGAAGUUCAUUAAAGACGCUCAGUUGCUCUCCUUUAUUGACGCAGAGUGCUUCAUUGUCAGCACUGUUAAAGCCUUACAAACACCAAUGAUCAAUGCAAGCAUGGUCCUAUGUGACAGACAUUUUGGCGGAAUCAACUAUCCUGUUGGUGGCGUGGGAGAGAUUGCCAAGUCCCUAGCACAAGGCUUGGUCAGCCAGGGUAGUCAAAUACUAUACCGGGCAAAUGUAACCAAUAUUAUUGUUGAAAAUGGCAAAGCUGUGGGAGUGAAGCUGUCCGAUGGGAGGAAGUUUUAUGCUAAAACCAUAAUAUCAAAUGCUACCAGAUGGGAUACUUUUGGGAAGCUUUUGAAGGCAGAUAAUCUGCCCAAGGAAGAAGAGAAGUUCCAGAAGACAUAUGUUAAGGCGCCAUCUUUUCUUUCUAUUCACGUGGGGGUUAAGGCAGAGGUUCUACCAGCCAACACAGAUUGCCACCAUUUUAUCCUCGAGGAUGAUUGGGAAAAUUUAGUAAAGCCUUAUGGAAGUAUAUUUUUAAGUAUUCCAACUGUUCUUGAUCCGUCAUUGGCACCAGAAGGAUGCCACAUUCUUCACAUAUUUACAACAUCAAGCAUAGAUGAUUGGGAGGGGCUCUCUCAAAACAGUUAUAAUGCAAAGAAGGAACUUGUGGCUGAUAGAAUCAUAAACAGGCUUGAAAAGACGCUACUUCCAGGACUCAAAUCAUAUAUUGUUUUUAUGGAGGUGGGUACACCAAAGACACAUCGACGAUACCUUGCUCGUGAUAGUGGAACAUAUGGACCAAUGCCACAUGGGAUUCCAAAGGGUUUAUUAGGAAUGCCAUUUAACACAACUGCUGUACAUGGACUCUAUUGUGUUGGGGAUAGUUGUUUCCCAGGUCAAGGUGUCAUAGCUGUGGCCUUUUCUGGAGUAAUGUGUGCUCAUCGUGUUGCUGCUGACUUAGGAAUUGAGAGGAAAUCCCCUGUGCUGGACACUGCUCUUCUUCGGCUACUUGGUUGGCUAAGAACAUUUGCUUGACACGUGUAUGAGUAAAAGUACAUAUCAUUUAUAUCUGGAAAUCUGCAACAAAUUUACAACAGAAGGUUGUUAUUAUAUAUAUUGACCUUCAAGGAAAGUAAUUGUUGAAAUACUCGCAUAAAGAAUAAACCUCCAUCUACCCUUAUAUAUAUACCAUGUAUCCAUGAAGAAUGUAAACAUCAGGUUAUUAUGCAAUAUUAAUAAAAUUGUUGUUAUUCAACACUAGUGAUGCCAUCAAGUCAAAUUUGCAACCUCG